AUGCGGCAAAGUGGCCGCGACCUGGGUCCCGUUGCAGUCACCCAAAAACAGCUGGACGGGGUCGACAGGGAAGGUGGAGCCGUCGGCAUUGUUGUGGAUAAAAUGCGGCCAGAAAUCCAUCAUCUGGGCAUCGGGAACCACAUCCCAGACCGACGGGGCUGCUGGAUGUACGCGCACAGGUAUAGCAGGUUGAUGAUGCCGCCGGCGGCCGGGGAGGUUGCUGGCGGCGCGUCUCCACUGCGCCUUGGCCAGUGGGGUCGAGAGUCGAGACUCGAGACAGGAGGGGUAACACCCCAAAGUUCAAACUCCCAGACUUUCAACUCCGGUUUUGGUUUCCUUCCCCAUGUGUCAUUUGGUGGCCAUCGGAAUGUAGGCUUACAGAUUGGAGUAAACAAUGGCACUGUCAAUACCGAGUUUCGGCUGCCUUCCAGUCUGGAGGCAAAGUUACCCAUUGUGCCCGAGGCUACUUUCAAUUCGUUUGCAGAUCAACAUGACGAUGAAUGUCACCCAGGUACCCGAACUGACCUCCUUCAGCAAAUUGAAGAGUGGGCUCUGUCGCCAGAAACUUGUCAUCGGAGAGAAUGUAUCUUUUGGUUGAAUGGAAUGGCCGGAACAGGGAAAUCAACUAUCUCCCGGACAGUGGCGACACGUUUCAGCAAGGAAAACUCAUUGGGAGCCAGCUUUUUCUUCAAAAGAGGUGAGGGAAAUCGGGGAAACGCGACAAGAUUUGUCUCAACCGUCGCACGAGAAUUGGCGGCCAGCAUUCCUGAAUUAAUUUUCCCUAUCGAGGAAGUUGUUCGUGAAGACCCAGGAAUCGCGACAAAAUCCAUGACAGAGCAGUUUGACAAACUGAUUCUGCGUCCACUUCACAGUCUAAAGUCAUCAUCCAGGGCAUCUUGCUUGGCGAAACAGACUAUGGUGAUAGUAAUUGACGCGUUAGACGAGUGUCAAGGAGAUAACGACAUCCGACUCAUUCUCAACCUUUUACCGCAGCUACAACAAUCAGGUUCGCCGCGACUUCGGGUGUUUAUCACCAGCAGACCUGAAAUGGAAAUCCGUCUUGACUUUUCGAAAAUUCUAAAUCACAAAGAUUUUAUUCUUCAUGAAAUUCCCAGAAAUGUGAUCGAAGAGGAUCUGUCAUUAUUCUUGAAUCACCGACUUUCUGCAAUUAAAACUGAGCGGUCUCUUCCCGAUGAUUGGCCUAGAGAAUCAUCCGUCCUUGAUCUAAUCUCGCUCUCUUCCCCACUCUUUAUUUUCGCUGCUACUAUUUGUCGUAUGCUGGAAGACCGCCGGUUUGACCCCGUGGAGAUUCUAUCAGACAUCCUUGAAUCUCCCGAAAAUAUCUCGAAGCUUGAUAAAACAUAUCUUCCUGUCUUGAACUCGCUUCUAUAUAAUCUGCCAAACAAGAAACAAAGAGAUCAGGUCAUCAAGGGGUUUCAACAAGUGGUCGGAGCUAUUGUGAUGCUGGAAAAUCCUCUCUCAAUUGAGUCACUCUCAAAACUUCUCAAUAUUCCCGAAAGGACCAUUCAAAUCAGAUUAGACCUUCUGCAUUCGGUUUUGAAGGUUCCAGAAGAUAAGUCACUUCAGGUCCGCCUCUUUCACCUGUCGUUCCGUGAUUUUCUUCUCGAUGAUGAAACCCCCAGCAAGACGCCUUUCUGGGUUGACUCGACAAAGAUGCACUUCGAACUGGCCAAGGCGUGUCUUUCCGUUUGUGGACAUACCCUGCGAAAGAAUAUCUGCAAAUUACCCACCGAUGGAACCCCGCGUUCUGAUCUGGAUCCUGCCACCAUCGAUAGGCAUAUUCCUCCAGAGGUGCAGUAUGGCUGUCGGUACUGGGCAAACCAUCUUGGACAAUUCUUAACAGAUAGUGAAGCGUUUCCUGGUGGUGAAGCAGCCGAUGUGUUUGCCGAUGCGCUUGAAUUCCUCCAGAAGCACUUCAUGCAUUGGAUGGAAGCCAUGAGUAUUCUUGGUCUUAUGCCGGAGGUAAUAGGGAUGGUCAACCUCCUGCUCGGCCUUUCACCGUGCAAGACAAAUCCGGCAAUGUCUAGUUUACUGAGCUAUGCAAGACGCUUUGUUCUCAAAUAUUCACAGAUUGCCGACGAAGCGCCGCUUCAAAUCUACUCUGCGGGUUUGAUAUUCGCACCCCAAAACGCGGUCAGGAAAUUGUUCGACGCCGAUCUUCCCUCUUGGUUGGCGCAAUUACCGCAGGUGGCUGCGAGCUGGAGCUCAGAAAUCCAAGUUUUGGAGGGCCAUGAAGAUACUGUAUUCAAUGUGGCUUUCUCCUCCGAUAGCCGUGUUCUGGUAUCUGCAUCAGCUCUUUCAAUACGUAUUUGGGACCAUUCGACGGGCACCCUGCAGCAUUGUCUCCCUGCAGACCCAUCUGAUCAAUCUCCAUAUCACCUGAUAGUCUUAUCCCCCGAUGGUCAAUUGCUGGUAUCCUCAUCUCAGAGCGGCAUUUUGAAGCUAUGGGACACGGUUACAGGGGUGUUACAGGAAACAUUUAGCUCCAAUUCAUCCCAUUUGGGAUUCACACAGUUUUCUCCGGACAGCCGACUGCUGACUUACGUAUCUCGCAAUGGUCAACUACAGCUUUUUGAUACACAGGGGACUCUACAAUGUCAUUCCUUCAAUGGCUCUUCGGUACCAAUUUCUUCAUUGGCAUUCUCCCCGGACAGCUUAUACAUAGGGUACGGAUAUACAGAUGGUGUGGUGAAGAUCUGUGAGCUAGCGACUGGGAACGUCAAGCAUAGGUUCAAAUGUCACACGAAAUCAGUGUAUAUGAUGGCAUUCUCACCCGACGGUCUUUUGCUGGCGUCAAUCUCUGAGGACCAAUCCACAGCAAAUAUACGGAGCAUUUCAAGAGAUACGCCAAAGUACGAGAUCGAUGUCGACCCACAUGGCCCAGUUUUGAACAUGGUUUUCUCUCCUAACAGCCAAAAAAUAGUUUUCGAAACUCGCGAUGGAACCAAAUGCUGGGAUCUCAGAACUGGCGAUCGAACGGGGGUGUUGAAUAUCAAUUAUAGUGAAAGGUGGCGUGAACUAGCCUUCUCGCCCGAUAGCACUUAUUUAGUAGCUGCUGGAUUAAUAGCGGUGUUUAUUUGGGACUGCCAAAGCAAGCCUCGCAAACUAGCGAUACAUUCGGACUUGAUGCAUUCUGCAGCCUUGGCAAAGAAUAGCCAAUCUCUCCUCCUAGCAUCGGGUUGUAAGAAUGGCACAGUGCGAUUAUGGGGCCUCAAAGCACCUUUGGGGUCUGAAACUAAUGUCAGUGGUGCUUCAGAGAUUGGAGGCUUGUGGACAAGUGAGAUGACCGAUCUACUUUUCUCGCAUGGUGGGCGAUUGCUGGCAUCAACAUCAUCCCGUGGACAGAUCGUCAUCUGGGAUGUAAUGAAGCAAGUCAUCAAGGAUGAAAUUGAACUCCAAUAUCCAUUUGAUGGGAAGGUGGCAUUUGCCUAUGAUAGUCCCAUUCUUGCCAUCACCCAGACCAAGGAGAUCUUGCUUUGGGACCUUCUUCAAAGGCGGCCCCUCAAGAAGCAUCUCAACUUCAUUGAUUUCGAGAUCUACUAUGAGGAGAGACCUCUCUGUUUGGCCGUCUCAAGGAACGGACAGGUGGCAUUUAGCCUCAGACACAAGAUUCGCCUGUGGGACAUGGAAACAGGGGCCAAGUUGCACUAUUGGAAACUUGAUGGGAAUAUCACCACUUUGGAGUUUCUCGACGAUGGGCCAUAUUUGCGAACCAACUUUGGCAUUCUAGGUCCUGGCGAGGAUGUAUUCUCACAAAAUUCACUUCUGCUGAGAAGUUUCCCCACGCCGAAAAUUGAACAGGUUCGAAAGCAGUUGAGCUCCACGGUACCUUUAAAGGAUGACGGAACUAUGAUUGGAGAAGAGUCGACAACAAAAUCACCCAGAACUUGCGAUCAAGAUGAAUUGCAAGUUUCUGUCGACAACCAGUGGAUCAUGCUUAAUCAGAAGAGAGUUCUCUGGCUUCCACCAGAUGUCCGACCACAGGCUUACGAUGAUAAAUCUAGAACGAGGAUUGCCAUCCAUGGUCGAAGAGUAGCUUUGCCACACUCUGCAGGACAUGUAUGCUUCGUCGAAUUUCGUCCAUAG